AUGAAUCCUAGCUCUGCGGUUGACCAAGAUGUCGCUCCCACUUCUGCUCCCCCAAAGCAGGCCGCAUGCCUCGAAUGCCGUCGGAGCAAGGUGAAAUGUACCCGAGAUCUCAACGUGGCCAUAUGUCGGAAAUGCCAACAAGCUGGCUUACAAUGCGUCACUCCCGAAUACCACGUCGGAAGAUAUAAAGGCGUCAAGAAUAAGCGGACUGGCCUGGAAAAGGCAAUCUAUCAAGUCGAGCAAGCGUUGAAGCGCUCCAAGGACGGAUCGACAGGCUUAGGGCUAGAAGUUGAAGCGGAUCUACGACAAUUGGUCUCUGUCCCUCAACUUCGUCCCAACCGCAGAGCUAGCGAGAACAAUGACAUCUCGGAAGAUAGCCACGAGGUAUUCCCUGCCGAAGUUGGUGAGAAGCCUGAUGAACUAGCUCUUAACAAUGCCGAUAAUCCUCUUCAGCUACUUGCAAUGGCGUCCGUCCUACCAGACCAAUCUCCCUCGACAAAUAUGUCCAUCUCUCCCGCGGGGGCCACGUCGCAACCAGGUACAAACGAUGCCAAUGUGGCCGAUGCCGAGUUACAACAGUUUUUCGGCUCCCUCAUGCCAAAUCUGGAUAAUGAGCCAGAUCUCGAUCCCAUUGACCUGGGAUUGGUGACGUUGGAAGAGGCACAAUCACUAUUUGCGUUCUUCUAUGAACGACUCUCUCAUACACGGUGGGGGUUGGAUCCAGUUCUUCACACUGCUGCCUUUGUGCGCUCCAGGUCCGCGUUUCUAUUCACAUCCAUUCUCGCGGCGUCUGCUUCGUUCCUACCAAAAGCCGAGGCAUUGUCGAGACGACUGGCAAACCAUCGGAAUCAUCUCGCUCAGAGGGUCAUCUCCAACAGAAAUCGAUCGGUCGAAAUUGUAUUGGCUUUCAUGGUCAAUAUUCCGUGGAUGACGCCCGCGAAGCAUUGGGCGGACGACGAGACAUGCGCGUACUUGUCUAUGGCGCUCACUCUGGCACUGGAUCUUUCAUUGAACAAGAUCGUGGUGCCGUCCUCGACGAUUCGCCCCGCGGGCUUUCUUGAUCGAGUUGCGAAAGCUGAAUGCAUUGACACUGCGAAGGCUCUACAGCUGGAUGGAUUCCCACAGGUUGAUCCGACCUCAACUUGGGGACGGCGUCUACUAAGGACUCGGGAAAGAGUGUGGUUGGCUUUGUUUGUCCUGGACCGAGGGAUCUGUCUUGCAAGAGGACGGCCAUAUGCGGUUCCGAUUGGCCCCUUGGUGGAAAGUUGUGACACAUGGCACAUAUCGGAUAUUGCAGAUCGAUGGGAUGGCAGUAUCAUUUCGGCUGCAGUUUUGAGGCGUGAUAUGGUCGGCCUCAUCACGAGCGUCCGCGAAUUUUGUGACGGGAGCCAAGGGGUUAACGGGGGUUCACCCGCGGUCAAAUUCCUCAAAGACAAAAUCGAUCGAUUUUUCGAACAAUGGUAUGCUGUCUGGUCUCUGCAGAUCACUCAAGGAGAUGGUCAGCUACCCCCCUACGUGGAGAUUCUGGUAUCUCACACUAAACUGUCCACCUACUGUAACGUCGUCAACCACCCUACUGCGUCAAACGAUGUUAAACAAUUUUUUCGUGCGGCCGGACUGGCGUCCGCGAUCAAUGUCAUGCGGGCAGCAGUUCAAGGCGAGAAUCGUCUGAAAUCAAUGCCGAACAACACCGUUAUCAUGGUAUCAUUUGCGGCAUGCUUUGCUCUGGCCCUCGGAACAACGACUUUUGGCAGCCGAGCCAUUCUGGCUCCAAGCGCCCGUUCCCUGAUCGAAGAGACUACACAAGUGCUGGAGAGGAUCGGAAGCUCCCCCAGACAACGAAACGGAUUGUCCGUCUUGUUCGCCAGACACAUUCGUCGCAUCAUGCAAAGCUCACUCCUGAAUCCGCCUGAAGACAAUGCGAGCCAAUUACCCGGAGUUCAUGAACCGUUGCAACGUCCAGACCAAAAUGCAGAGUACAGUUCCUCCCGUCCUGCGUCAAUGCCCGGCCCGAAUGUUCCUACUGAGCCAUAUGUCUUUGAUAUGACCGACGAUCAAAUCCUGGAAGCCAUCAACAACGCCAGUACCUCACAAGACUUGUUUCAACUUGAUGAGACAAUGUUCAUGGACUGGCUGGAUUGGCCAAACGUUACCUGA